AUGGACGUGCCAUUUCCGACCGACGUGCAGGAGUUCGACAGCGAUGACCGAAUAUCCUUCUCCAAGCUCGACAACAAGUUUAUUGCUGUGCACGACGACGGAACAGAGUUUGAGUUUGAUCCCGAGCUGAAGAGAUGGACCGCCAUAGAAGAGGAUGCAGUAAAUGACGAUUUAGAUGAGCUUAGAGAGUUCAGCAGAACUCCCGCAGACGAUGCUGCUUUAGACAAGAAGAGGAAGGCCGACUCGCAGAAUGGCGACGCAGACAAUGGAACUCCCAAACCGCCGCGUCCGAGUAAAAAAAUGAAGCCUCCUCCGAAACCGAGGCAAAACACCGCCGUAUACGUGACCGGUCUCCCUACAAACGCCACCGUCGACGAGAUUCACGACCUCUUCUCUCGCAGAGCCGGCGUCAUCGCCGAGGAAAUCGACAGCGGCGCGCCCCGCAUCAAAAUGUACACCGACUCCGAGGGCAACUUCAAGGGCGAUGCGCUCAUCGUCUUCUUCAAGCCCCAGAGUGUGGACAUGGCCGUCAUGCUGCUGGACGACACCGUCUUCAGAUACCUGCCCGAUGGGACGGCAGAGGGCCGGAUACGAGUCCAGGUGGCUGAUUCGAGCUACAAGAAGACGCAGUACGAGCCCGCGGGCGGCAGCGGCGAGGCGAGCAAUGGGAGUGGCAGCGGGCAGGCCAAGCCGAGGAAUGAAAGAGACAGACAGAAAAUCAUCAAGAAGACGCAGAAGCUGGCUGCUAAGCUUGCGGACUGGGACGAUGACGAGCCCUACCCGGCGUUGGCUGCUCUGUCCAAUUCGAAGAGAGAUAAGACGGUCAUCCUGAAGCACAUGUUUACUCUUCAGGAGCUGGAAGAGGACCCGGCGGCCCUGUUGGAAAUCAAGGAAGACAUCCGAGACGAAUGCUCUAAGCUGGGUCCGGUGACCAGCGUGGUGCUGUACGAUUUAGAGCCCGAUGGAGUGGUAUCCGUCAAGUUUAAGAAUGUAGAAUCGGCAGCCGCAUGCAUCAAACUCAUGAACGGGAGGAGCUUUGGCGGCAGCACGGUGCAAGCGGCGCUCGCAUCGGGUGAGAAGUUUAAGAAGUCCAAGGAGGAAGCAGGCGACGAUUCAGAUUAA